AUGGCCCCAAAGAAUCCGCGCAUUGCCCGCACAAAGUUCCGCCCGUCUCGAUCACGUCCAAACACAAAGGUUUUCAGCAGAUUGACAAGCCCAGCAACACAGCUUAAUCACGCAGAUCAACGUGGAGGGCAGACAGGGGAAGUGGCUUCGGAGGGCAGCACUACACCAAAAUCGAUGACCUAUCCAACAAAAUGUUCAAACCGCUCCGUUCUGCUGAAGCCGGGAUCAAAGCUGGUGGUACUGGAUCGAGAGGCUGCGGAUCUGUCUCAAACUUUGGUUGGAGGGCAGUUGGCCUCAUCGAUGAGCUGCUAUCGAAGUACCAUGGGAGAAUCAAAUGCUGCUCUAGCUCCUGGAGCAGAGAUGAGAAGCCAGCUCCGAGUGAGCCACGAGGUGGCUGAGGAGCAAGAAGUCCCAGUUGUGAGACGUCAGAGCAGCAUGAUGUCAAUCACAAGUAUGCAAGGAUCCACAGAUGAUCGAACAAAUUUCAACGCACUUUGCAAGGGUGUCCUCACUGCACUGAAAAACGAUGUAGUGGGGACACCGUUGCAAAGUGCUAUGUGGUCGAAAUCUCCGUGCGGGUUGCAAGUCAAGUGA